AUGAACUGCGCUAGCGCGGGCAACAGCCGCAGCCGCGGAGGCGAAGGUCUGGAGGCAGAGGCACGGGUGUCUCGGGAGAAGCGAGGCCAGUGUGACGGGAGCGCCGCGGGCGAGGGAGAGGCGGGCAGCCGGGGCAGGGCGGCACGGGGCUCUGCGCGCCUCGGGAAGGCUGCUGACGGCGCGUGCGGGCAGGGCGAGAGGCAAACGGAGCUCCUCGCUGGGACGGGCGCGCUCAGACACGCUUUACAAAGACGCCGCGUGACUCCCCGGUCCCGGGGCUAA